UAAAGGAAUUAUAUAUUAAUAUAUUUAUUAAAUUGGUGGGAAGGAACAAAUAAAAAAGAAUUAGUGAAGGAUAGGGAGACUAAACAAAAACAGGAAUAUCAGAACUUGUUUUUGAAAAAAACAAGGUUUGGCUUCGGGACCACGCAGUCUGCUAAAGCUGAAGUCGCAAGAAAGAACCUUCAACACUCCAAAGCAAAGAAAACAAUGGCGAUUUCGUCGAAGCAAAUUAGCUUCUCCUUCUUCUGAGCUUUUGGACAUCAAUUUUGUGUCUCCUCUCUUCCAUAUAUGAAGAAAGAAGACAAAAUGUUGGUGGCUGAGGCUCGAGAUUAAUUGGGUUGUGUACAUUUUAAUGAAAGUUCAUCAUCACAGACAAGUUGAAUCAGUAAAAAACCGAGCUGAGCCAAGAUGUUAUAAUUUGAUGAGGAUUCAUCAAUGAUAAGUAGAAAUUCAGUUUUCUUGGCAGAAGAUUUUGGAGUUCGUUUGUUGUAAACAUCUGCUGCACAGUUUUUGCAAUGUCUUUGCUGUCUAAACUACGCUGUAUCACUCUUGAUGUUACUGGUACACUAAUAGCUUACAAAGGGGAGCUCGGUGACUACUAUUGCAUGGCAGCAAAAUCUGUUGGACUACCUUGCCCUGAUUAUAAGCGUGUGCAUGAGGGCUUCAAAUAUGCUUACACGGAAAUGGCGAGAGAAUAUCCUUGUUUUGGGCAUGCAGCUAAGAUGCCUAACAUUGUCUGGUGGAAGACAUGUGUGAGAAAUUCCUUUGUCGGGGCUGGAUAUGAUUACGACGAAGAGACAUUUGAAAAGGUGUUUCGACGCAUAUAUGCGUCCUUUGGGUCAUCAGCUCCUUACAGUGUCUUCCCGGACUCCCGGCCAUUUCUGAGUUGGUUACGUGAAAAAGGUCUUACAGUUGGCCUCAUUAGCAAUGCUGAAUACCGUUACAAGGACGUUAUUCUUCCUGCCUUAGGCUUGAAUCAGGGAUCCGAGUGGGACUUUGGAGUGUUCUCCGGCCUUGAAGGUAUCGAGAAACCAGACCCAAAAAUUUAUCAAAUUGCAAUUGAGAGGGCUGGAAAUGUUGCACCGGAAGAAGUUCUGCAUAUCGGUGACAGUAUGCGCAAAGAUUACGUGCCAGCAAAGAGUGUUGGAAUGCAUGCAUUGCUACUGGACAGAUUUAAGACUCCUGAUGCCAAGGAGUGGAUAAAAUCUGGUGCAAUUGUACUUCCUGACUUGGUGGCAGUACAGGAAAUGCUUAGUUCAGACAAGUUGACAACAGACUUAUAGACAUCGCUUUGCUGAAGAUGCUGAUAUUUGUGUAAUUCUCUCUUCCACUACCUGUGUCGCCCACCUUUGAUAUGCAAUAUAUGAUGAAACUUUGGCAGAUUCAAGUGUU